CAUGUGUGAAGUGUUCCAAUUCAAUAUUUGGCAAACAAUUGUAAUUAAAAUCUUAAAUUUUCUUUUGAUGUUUCUCGCCGCAUAUGUGAAAAAGUGAUCAUCGAUAAUAGUAACGCCGAUUAUCAAUCAAUAAUGGCGACUAUUUUUUCUUCCCAAACGACCCCAGUCGGUUAUUUAGCAUCUCACAGUUCUGUCAUUUUCCUUAGUAACGGGCAUGAUUUUGUCUUCUGCUAACGUCAGUUAUUAGAAUGAGUAUAUAACAACAGAUAAUAAAAGAAAAUUCAUUUGACUGUUCCUCUAUCAAGCUUAAUCUGUAUUAUUGCUACUGAAUAAACUAGAAGACUCACCAAUACAGAAAAGUCUUUAAAAAAAUAAAAUCCAGGAGAAUGUGCAGUUUGACUUAUUGAAGGACGAGAGGUGACACAAAGUACAUUGUCAAAAAGGCGAAAAAUAAUAUAUUUUUUAUCACAAAAGUACAAAAAUGCAUUCAUGCAUAAUGACAGGAAAAUAUCUAUAUAUAUGACAGAGAAUACAUGUACAUAAAAUAUAUAUUUGUAUUUUCACACUUUUACCUAUCACUGUUGCACAAAUUAUAUUCUAAAUAGAAACAUGGACGAAGAAAGACGUCGCCAAGAACAAGGCAUGGGUGGCGGAUUUGGAGGACAAGGUGGAUGGGGUGGCGAAGGUCGUCGAGAGGGAGAAAGGCGAGGACAAGUAUUGAAAAAGGCUUAA